AUGUGGAGCUCCCAGUCGGACGAGGACCAUGACAUGAUGGACGACGCUGCGUCGCAAGCGCCGGCGCAGGAAGACCCCGGGCAGCAGGUUGGCGGCGAUGGCGAGAACCUCGACGAAGAGAUGGCCGCCAUGAAGCACGUCUUCCAGCGCAUGUCGGAGAAGAAAGCCCGGCAGAAGACCCAGGGCAUGGCCGACUGCGUCCAGGUGUACACGGAUGCGUUCCAGAAGGAUCUCGAUCAGCUUUUUGCGCUCGCCAAGAAAAAGCGCAUCGCGGAAGCCCAAGGCGUCAACGACACGAUCCAAACCACCAUGAGCCAGAUCGAGGAGCACAAGCGGGACCUUAUGACCGUGCACGAGACGUACGAGGCCAACUUUACCGCGAGUAUCGCGCGUGUGGAGCAAGAGCUUGAGCGGCUCAAGGAGCUGCGCAAGACUGUCGUCGGCGCCUACGAUACGGGGAAGCAACAAGUCGAGGCUUCGUUCAAAGACGCGUUUGCGAACGUCGACGCGAUGAUUGCUCGUCUGCAAGCCGACUCGAGCGCCGUCCUCGCCGACACGUCGUACCUCGACGCGUUCCAAGCUGAAGCCGCGCGCUUCUUGAUAGAGUAG